GGCAGGAUGAUCAAGCUGUUCUCGCUGAAGCAGCAGAAGAAGGAGGAGGAGUCGGCGGGCGGCACCAAGGGCAGCAGCAAGAAGGCGUCGGCGGCGCAGCUGCGGAUCCAGAAGGACAUAAACGAGCUUAAUCUGCCCAAGACGUGCGACAUCAGCUUCUCAGAUCCAGACGACCUCCUCAACUUCAAGCUGGUUAUCUGUCCUGAUGAGGGCUUCUACAAGAGCGGGAAGUUUGUGUUCAGUUUUAAGGUGGGCCAGGGUUACCCGCAUGACCCCCCCAAGGUGAAGUGUGAGACGAUGGUUUAUCACCCCAACAUUGACCUCGAGGGCAACGUCUGCCUCAACAUCCUCAGAGAGGACUGGAAGCCAGUCCUUACGAUAAACUCCAUAAUUUAUGGCCUGCAGUAUCUCUUCUUGGAGCCCAACCCUGAAGACCCACUGAACAAGGAAGCCGCCGAGGUCCUGCAGAACAACCGGAGGCUGUUUGAGCAGAACGUGCAGCGCUCCAUGCGGGGUGGCUACAUCGGCUCCACCUACUUCGAGCGCUGCCUGAAAUAGGGUCGGCGCAUACCCACCCCUGCCAGGGCCACCAGCCCCGGCGUCCCCUGCAAAUAUUUAUUGGGGGCCACAGGUGGGGGGGGCAUGGGGCAGCCGGUGGGGGAAUCCCAUGCCCUGACCUGCCACCCCUCCCUGCCACCCGCUCCUAGUUUUUUUUUUUUUUAAACCACCAUGUGAUUGAGGUCGGCGCUGCCUCCCCCGACCCGCUCAGCGAUGGGAAAUGAAUUGGCUUGUCUAGCCCCACGCUGAGUGCUAUCCAGCCCCCCUAAUCUGGGCUCUGGGGUGGGAGGCCAGGGGUGGCUGGGUACCCGGCACCCCACCCCUGCACCACUGGAGGUCCCGCCAGGCUAUUAAAGGGGAAUGUUACCGCA